CAGCUGACUGCCUGAUUAAAAAACUGGUUCUUUCGAAGGAGUACCAGCUUGACCUACAGACAAUAUAUAUUUAUCGAAUCAAAGUGUUCAAAGAAGUUAAUGAACAUGUGCUGAUCAUCGAGGAAAUAAGUACAGGGAGCUACCAAGAUGUUCUCCCUUAGACAAUUGUUUCCAAUGCAUCAGGCAGCCAGGUCUAUGAGAAGGUCAGUCCUGGGAUUCCAUCACCCCCAGAAAUGGCGGCAGCUAUUCCUCCAACAACAGGCUGGUAUUCGCUUUAUAUCCUCAGAGGUUAGCAGUGAUACAGAGCUCAACAAGAAUGGAUUAUCUGGAAAUACAGAGACUCUAUCAAAAAUGAAUAAUGAGGAUUUAGUCAGGAAGGAAAUGGCAACAGCCAGUGAAACUGAAAAGGAUUUGUCAGAAAUGAAUUUAAGCACACAGACAUCUAACACUUUCCCUUGCAUUUCACGCAUUCUUGAAAGCAACAAUGCAGGGGGGAAAACAGAGGCACAGGAAAUAUACAAUGCUGUUUUAAAGGCAAGUAACACUGGAGAAAAACAUGAGAUUCUUAAGGUUUUCAUUAAUACAAUGGAAUCUGUUAUUUUGAAACAUGAUAUGAAAAGUUCCAAAGAUGUACAGGCACUUUUGUGUUGUAAAGAAAUGAAACAGCUGCUUUCAAACAUUUUAGAGUCGCUCUCAUUGUACAGUGAACAUGAACUAGUGAACAUCUUGACUUGUCAAAUGGAUUUUAGAUUUUUAAGUCGCAAACAAGAAGGAGUUCUUUGGGGGAAUUUACUCAGUCAAAUAAACAGACUGAGUAUUUCAAGUUUAAUUAGGGUUUAUGAUGCAUCUAGCAAAAGCAUAGCAUGUCCUGGUGCUAGAGAAAUUAUUGUCAGAAACAUUUGUAGACGUUGGAUGGAAAUUGAGAAAGGAAAUGAAAUUGUGUCGGUGAUGAAUAUAAUAUUCAAAAAAAGUGAAUGGACUUCUGACACUUCCAUGUUAGAUCGUUUGGAAGAAAAAGCUCUUCAGAAAGCAGAGACUCUACGUGCUGAUGAAAUCCGACAAGUUUUGGUCAUUUUAGCUAAAGAACGAAGGAGAAAUUUGCCUUUGAUCAAAGCUUUGGUUUACUGUAUCAAAAAAAACAUGACUGAUAGUAUUCCGUUAAGUUCUGUUGCAUCGAUUUUAACAAGUUUAAGUAGACUGAAUUUUCAGGACCCAGCUUUGCUGGGUUUGUUGUCUGACCACGUUUCCAAAAUGGCAGAGGAAUUAGGAGACAACUGGACCAGCAAGGAUUUUAAAAACCUCUCGGCUAUUCUUGUCUCCUGUGCACAUUUGAGGUGGCUUAAACCUUCUGUGGAAAAAGUACUUUUGUCACAUUUCCAUGACUUUCAAAAUCAUCUGAACCAAGCUCAGCUGUGCCAUGCGAUCUGUAGCAUGAGUAAGCUGCAGAGUUUCACGAGCAGUGACAAAGAUGCUGUGAUGAAAAUGGUGGAAUUGUUGAGCACUGCUAAUGUCAGGGAAGCCAGCCCUGUUUUAUGGAUGAAUCUGGCACUGGCUCUUGGAUGGAGCGAUUUCUCUUCAGAAGUUGUGCUGACCUCUGUGCUUCAGCAGGAUUUUGUAAAUAUCAUUCAAGAUAAGUUUCCUGCCAUGACACCAGGCCUCAGACAGUUAGAAUAUGAGGCAACACUUGCAUUUCCUAAUUUCCAAGGACCAAAGCUCAAUAUUAGAAGCUUCAGACCAGAGAAGACUUCAAAGAAUGAACCUAUGGUAGAAGAUGUUAUAGAAAUCACUCGUGUUCUUGAUCGUGAAAUGGAGGAUGGUGUCCAAACACGUGUCAGGACCCCUCAGGGAUAUGAAAUAGAUGCCUUGGUGUUAGCUGACAAUACAGGGAAAGUCAUUCCAUUCUCAAGUACAAAGGGAUCCAAUGCUCACAAAGUGGCCAUCAAGGUAUUGAGGUACCAAAAUGUGAUACAGCCCGGGAUGAAGCCCACAGGAGACAUCAAUAUGUGUAUCAGGCACCUCAAAUCUCUAGGCUAUAAAGUUGUCUUGAUACCUUACUAUUCCUGGAAGAAGGUGGCUGGCAGCUCAUCUAAAUUAAUGUUUCUGACUAAAGCCAUUUCAGACAGUAUAAGACAAUGACUGAUAUAAAUUAUUUGUAAUCGUUUUAUCCUGCUCAAUGUCUUAUAAUAUAUAAAUAAAGAUGGUUUUAUCAAAA